GUCCUGCAUAUCCAGUCAACAGAUCAAGUUCAAUUGAAGCCUUUAAAUACACGGAGCAAAAUCAAAUCCCGCGAUAGUUCCGUUUGCCAGAUCAUUCGCGAGUGACGUACCUAAAUACGUAGCGUCUAGGAUAGCAAGGUGUCAUGAAGAUCAUCUUAAUCCCAACGUUCACGGCUGCCUUCCUCCUGUACUUGGUAAUGGCGGAAAGAAAUAGACCGACAAGACUGACUGAGGUAUCGGAUGGAACUCAAACAGAGCGUGACGAAGGGCGGAUCUUCGUUCCGAGAGAUGGAAAUCCGAUGAAUUUGCAAAGGCAUCCAAGGACAUUCAGAGCUACGAGGAGUUCACGAAAUCCGAGGAUUCCUGGUACCUUGAGACAAGGAAGGCCUUUCGCCCUAAGUGGCGGAUCCUCUCAGACACCAAAACGAUCUUUCGUCGGGAAAUCCGAACACGUCCGUAGAUCACUCGUCCGCGGACCCAAUAAGUUUAACGCUGUACUUCUGGAGCCAGCCUUCCACCUGGCACCAACGAAAGGAUUGUUGAGCCACACGUUUGGUAAACGCCACGAAUCAUUGGGACCAUUGAUCGGUCCCCUCAAACUGUUAGGGAUUGGUGAAGAAGUUUACGUCCGCUUGUUGGAGCCGUCGGACAACGAAGGUGCAGAUCACGUGACGGUGCACCUCCUUAUCGCAAGGAAAACCACGGAAAUCUUGAACGAAAUUCAGGACAGCACGAACUUCGAAGAUCCUCGUAAUCUGGAACCGUCGUUCUCUUAUCCUGAGAAAGCGCAAUUUCAAAAAUUUUCGACCUUUGCUACCAUUCGACCGAGAAGACCGAUGGUCUCCAGCUCAAUGGCCUUCAACGGAAGACCGCUCUUGGACCAUUCUCGUGGUCGUCACGGCAAUACACCUACUUUCAAGGUCGAGUCUCCCUAUUUCGUCAGGAAUGAAAACCACCCUAUGGUUCCUAAACACAACAUCCAGAGUCUUAAAAACAUUCGGCCGACAGAGUUCGAUAUUCGUCCUGCGGAGCACCUCGUCGCGCCAAAUCAUCACAAGCUUCCGGUCGCUCGAUGGCCGGUGGAGAAUCUGAUUGAUCUACCGAUUUACCCUCCUCUGUCUUUUGGGAAACCAAAAGAAGUCGCUGGCGAUGGAUGCGAAGUCAUGGCUUCCCCAGUCAACACGGGAGUCGCGGAUGGCGGAAAACAGUCUGAUUCAGCGAAUCACACGUCUGUGCAGCUUCGUGAUAAUUCUGCUUCCGGUGAAGUGAAACAACGAUCGGUUAACCUUUCGAUGAAUCGUGAAGAAGAAACGAAGAUUCGUCGAAGAUUUAUCGAACCUGUCUUCAUGGACAAGAUUCCAUCACGUCAUUUUGUUUUUGAUCGUCACGUUUCGUCACCGAUUUCAAUGCUCAGGAUCGCGGACACUGCGGAAGAUCAUUUCAUGAUGGCGGCGGUACCGAACGAGGAAGAAUGGAGAGGCCUGAAAUAGCUGGGAACUUCUAUUCGCUGACAUUGAAAAUAAACUCUGUACAUGUACGUGAUUAUGAUAUAUCGAUUGAUGUACUGACGAUUGA